GCGCGGUGGAAGCAGAAGCACCUCCAGGGCUCACCCCUGGAGGGGCAGGAACCAGAGGCUGCCUCCGGUCCAGACAUGAGGGUCCCUGUGGUCUCUGGGGGCCCGCGGGUGCUGGGGGAGGUCGAGGAGGAGGGGGAGGUGCCGGAGGCCGAGGUUCCCUCCGAGAUAGAGGUCACCAUGCCUCCACACCCCAGCGGGAUGAAGCGGCGCCGGCACGUGUCCGAGGGGUCGGAGGGAGAGGGGUCGCCCGAGGGGGGGGAUCUGGUCCCGGUGAAGGCUGUGUGCGCGGCCGGCGACCCCCCGGAGCCGGUGGGCGUCGCUGAGGGGCCUGACUUGGUUUCUGUCGGGGUCGCGCCCCCUGUGUCGGUGGGCGGUCCUGCGGUGCAGGUGGGACCGUCGGAGGGUGAGGACCCACCCUCGGUCGAGGCCGCGUGCCUGGAGUGCGCACCUGCCGGGGAGGGGGUCGGCCCCGACGAGGGCCCCGUGGAACCGGGGUUUCCUGAGGGGCGGACAGUGGCGGGGGUGGUGGUCUCCCAGCUCGUGGCCGCCAUCAAGGCCAGGAGUCCCGAGAGGGUGCGUUCUGCCCCCGUGUCUGAGGGGAGGUGGAGUGCCCCUGGGUCGCCUGCCCACUCAGUUACGCCGUGCGGAUGUGCCCCUGUGAGUGGGGAGGGUGGAGACCCUCCCGGUGCUGCCGGAGGGGGUCAGAGCAGGACGCGUCUGCGGUCGUGA